UCCCACCCAUCCUCCCCAGUCCCUUUCCCUUUGGUAACUGUUAGUCCAUUCUUGGGUUCUAUGAGUACCGUCUUUCAUUUUACAUCGAUGCUGCACAGAAAGGGGAGUGUGGUAUUGAUGCGCGCGGGCUCCGUCUUAGGGGAUUGGGGGCAGCUCCGGAGGGGGGCGGUGUCCGCCCGCAACCGACACUGCGCACGCUCAUCCAACUGGCCAGCGCCGCCCACUUCCCGCGCUCACCGCGCAUGCUCGUCCCACCAGCCAGUGCCGCCCACUUCCGGUGCCCACCGCGCAUGCUCAUUCCAUUGGCCAGCACCGCUUACUUCCGGUGCCCGCCAUCUUUCCUUCCCACUGCGCAGUCACCCCCCGGCAGAGAAGGAAGCUUCCCUCGCUCCCCCGCCGGUCGCCUGUGCCUCCCGCUCACACCGUCCCCGCCGGCUGCUGCCCCGCCGUCUCCAAGGCCUCCUCCCGCUGAUGUCGCCGUUGCCCGCCAAAGCCCUGCGCCACCGGCCGGAGCUCUCCAACAGCGGCCGCUUCCAGCCGGCUCGAGGGGCUCUCCUCGCCAGGGACCCUGCGCCUUCUUCCUCGCGCAGGCCUGUCCUCGCAGCGGCAGCUCACAGCAAAGCCGACGGCCUGCGACGCCACUUUCUUCCACCAAAGCGCAGACACUUGUCCAAAAGCCCGCCUCUCUCCUGUCCUGCCCACCGGUGCCUCCCGCUGACACCUGCCCUAGACGCCUGCUGCCACCGCCGCCCUCCAAUGCCAUCUCCCUCUGACGCCGAAGUUGCUGCCUUCUCCGACGACGCGCACGGCCCUCCGCUGCUAGACGCCCUCAGACUAGUACCGACGCCAACAGGAACCCCCUUGCCAGGGACCCGGGUUCCUGGUUGCCGGUUCCCACGCAGGCCUCACUGCCUUGCAGCAGCCUCAGGGCAUAGUCUCCACAGGGAACAAUCUCAUCUCUCUGAAGUCAACUCAUGAAAGUUCUACUUGAUCCAUUUCUGCAAACAUCUGCUGUUCCCUACCACCAGGGUCACACGAGGCAGGAUAAAAGAAGUGCAAUUUAUAGUGUGGCUUGACAUUUAAAUCAGAAGUUUUGUCUAAACACACCUGCCAAAUAGAAGGGUGAAUGACCUGUGGAAACCUCUGAACCCAGGAGUCUGGGCUGCAACUUUGGGAUGACUUGGAGCCCAGUCCACCAGGAGGAAAAUGCUUCCAGUGUGGGGUCCUGACACCUGUAGAGGGGGCUUUGCCAUGAUUUCUUCUGGAUGUUUCUGCAAGGAGAGAAAGAAAUCAGAAGACAACAAGCUGUUCUGAAGCAUCAGAUGCCCUUAUGGCCAGUGGUGCAGCUUUUAUGGCUUUAAGGAGUGCAUGAAGUGGCAGACAUCAGUAAAUAGGAGUAUCCCGUUUCAUUGGUAUUGGUAUAUGAACCACAUCUAAGCAAAGAGCAGAGAAAAGGAACAACGGAGGAAAACGAUUCAGGUCACUUGUCAAAACAACCCAGUUGUACCUCUGUUAAGGGACCAAAAUGAGAGGAGGCUGAGUACGUGACUUUUUGCCGUUUCGUCUUUGCUGAAAUGGUAAAUCGCCUCUGUGAAGAGUUGAUAAAAGGAAAAAUGGAGGCAAACACUUGUGACUUGAAAGAACUACCACCUUUUACUUAUUCUAAGGAACUGAUAGAGAACCCGGACCUCUACCAGGACAUGACUUUUUCCCGGUAUUAUUUCUGUUCCCCUGUCCUAUGUGUUCAUAACAUCUCCCAUUGUAUUUGUUUAGAAAACUACCACCAUAUUACAGGUGACUUUUUGACAGUUUUUGUGAGUGGAAAUUUUCGUAUGUAAUGUCAACUCUGUACUAUA